AUGGGGAAGAUACAUGAGAUUGUAAAGCCACGACAAAUGGAUACGAGCUCGCCGAACUUCGGCCUCAAAAGCCCUUAUGCCCAUCGGGAUGCAUCAGAUGAAAUCGACGAGCUUCGAAGUGAGGUAGCCCUCCUGCGGCAACGCCAGGAACAGCACAUGAUGCGGUGGGAAGCCGCCAUGAAGGAACAGCGGCAGCAUUGCUGUGAUUUGGCUGCCGUAUAUCGGCAAUUACAAGAGUUGGUAAAUGGCAUCCCGGACGACAGUUUGGGCGUUGCAAGGAAGAAACCCCUUCGCCCGUCGCCUCCUGAUAGCACCUUGCUUGAUGAGGUUCGUGAGGUGCUGCUCGACUUCAAAAACUACAUUGAGCGAGGCAGAAUCGUCACCAAUCAAAAACUUGAGGAUAUGUACAAUGGCAUAGGGGAGGUGAAGAGGGCCUUGGAGGAGGAAGCACAACAUCGGAAGCGAGGGGAAGAACGGCUCAGACGGCUAGAAGAAAAGCAGGAGCAAUUGUUCCAGUUGGUAGCCUCUGCUGCUUCAGCUAACGAUUUGAGCACGCUACGCACUACAUUGACUGAGUUGUUCAAGUCCGGACAGAAUGAUUUGGUAGUCUCCUCAUCACGGCAGUACGACAGUGUGAAAGAGAGAAUAGCGGACUGCGAAAGGCAGUUUCGUGCGCUACAAGCAGAGCGUGAGCAUAGUGAAAGGAAGUUGGAGUCUCUAUGUCAUGGGAACCUCCAAACAGCGGAAGUCAGCAUUCAACAGCUACAGCGGCGAGUGGAGACCCUUUGCCAAGAGCUGCGGGCUCACACAGCGCCGCAAAACGCUGAGAAGCCCAGCGCUCAAACAUACACGGCAUACAAGAUAGAUGAAAUGUUGGCGUCGCUUGAGAUGCGAAUGUCCGAGCGUGUCGAUACAACUAUCAAGCAAUUUGAUAUGAAGCAUGUGCAGUUCGUUGAGCACAUGGUGGACUCUGCAAAGAAGGCCAUUGAGGUGGCGGAUAACCUGCCAAAACAAGUAAACCACCUGCAGGACGAGGUUGCAAAUAUUCAAGAGGCCAUUCAGCGUCAUGGUGAGGCGCUGAACGAUCAGUUCCUACAGGGCCCGCUGUAUGGCGCCUUUGAAGAAGUGAGGGGCUGGCUGCGAGAUGUUGAACAACACACGGUGAAGCGUGGCGAAUUCAACGAAGCGAUGGUCAAUUUUGAUGAGAAACUUGCGUCGCUGAGACGUGAGUUUCUUAUUGGUGGGUCGGUGGAGCAUGUUUCGGAUGAAAGUGCCGAUGACACUGGCGCGUUUAGACAAUCAAAAUUAGCUAUCAUAGCGCCCCCAUGA